AUGAAUUAUUUUUUAAUUUUUACAAUACUUUAAUAUUGUAUUGAUUGUUCAGAAUAAUAAUUCACAUAUAGGUUUUCUGAGUAGUCAAAAAGAAAACUAGAAGAACUUUAACCAAUUUCUACAUCAAAGGAAUGGUAGCCUUUAAGAAUACAUUUUGAAUAUUUAUCUUAAAAUUAUGAUUAAACAUACACAGAUUAUUUUAAAGAAAUACUUUAGAUGGUGUAGAUAUUUUUUUAUCGAUUUCUAUUAGUAAGAAGAUUAAAUUAAAAAAUUACUUUUAAAGAAAAUUACCCAAAAAAAUUUUAUGGGUUUCAGAUUAAUGAAGGUUUGAGUAAUUAAGAAUAUGAUGCUGAUCUAGUAAUUGUUAAUUGUAUUUUAGGUUAUAUUUGUAAAUAUUGAAAAUUCUGCAAAAUAUUAUAAAGCCUAUUGUGGACCAGCUAUUUAUGAUGAAUAAUCUUUAAGACCUAUAAUGGCUUUAAUGUCUUGGAAUAUGAACUACACUAAAAUAGAUAAAACAAAUAAGAUAAUUUAUGAAAGUAACUUAGAAAGUGCUAUUCAUGAAAUUAUUCAUGGUUUAGGUUUUACUUAAGAUUAUUUUUCAAAAUAUUAUGAUUCAGUAACUAGUAAACAAUAUGAAUAUCCAAAUUAUUAUAAAUAAAACAAUAUUACAUACUUAUCAACUCCAAGGUUAAUUAAUUUUGCAAGAUUUUAUUUUAAUUGUUCUUAAUUAAAAGGGAUAUAAAUGGAAGAUAAUGGAGGUCCAGGUACUAGCGAUUAUCAUUUUGAAAGAUUAUUGGUAUAUAAUGAACUAAUGACUGGUUCUUAAUUAACUGGAAAUCUUUUAAUAACUGAUUUUACAUUUUAACUAUUAUAAGACACAGGGUAAUAUUUUUAUUAAUAGAUAGAUUUUAUCGUUUAUCUGAUUAUAGCCCAGAUUAAAAUUAAUGGGGAAGAUUUAAAGGAUGUAAUUUUGUAGAAAAUUAUUGUAAUAAUAGUAAUUUUACUGAAUUUUGUACUUAAGAAAAUGUUGAAAGUUGUUCAUUUGAGAAAUCUGGAUAAUCAAUAUGUAUGUAUGAAAUUUUAGGUGGAAAUUGUAUGUAUUAAUAAAUUUAUUCGGAUUAAUUUUGUAAAAACGAUUAAAAUUCAAUUUAAAACAAAUCUUCACAAAUUAUAUCUUAUUAUGGAUAUGAUAGUAUUUGUUUAAGUGGAUCAAUUUCACCAAUAUAAUCUUUUUAAAAAUUUACUUGUUAGAAGUUUUAAUGUGAUAUAAAUAAUAAACUUAAGAUCAUUAUUGGUGAUUUAGAAUUUGAUUGUUCUUAACCAGGACCAAUAAAAAUACCAAAUACUUAUUUUGGUAAUUUAGAAUGUCCUAACAAUCCAGAGGAUAUUUGUUAAUUCAGAAAUGAUUGUCCAAAUUCAUGUAAUAUGAAGGGAUUUUGCAUAAAUAAAUAGGUUAAUCUAUAUUAAUAAUAUUAUAGUGUAUUUGUUAAAAUGGUUAUUCAGGUAUAGAUUGUCAAUAAAUUUGUAAUGAUUAUAGAUAUCAAGGAUCUUGUUUGUAAGAUUGUCCUAAAUAAACAUUUCCCUUAGAUUCUAUUAAAUAUUGUGUGGGCUGUCCUGGUGUAAUUAUUAUUUUUAUAAGCUAGAAUUGUUUAGUUUGUUCAAAUUAUAAUCAAUGCAUUUAAUGUAAAUAUGGAUAUUUGUUAAGGGAUGGGUUUUGUGACCAUUUAUAAUUGAAUUAAAUUCAUGGUAAUUUUAUAAAAUAAAUUCAGAGAAUGAUAAUCUUUAAUAACCGCCCUCUAAUUAAAAUUUUUAAGAAGAUGUAAAAGUUUCAUCAGGAUCAAAUUUAUCUAUAAUAUUUAUAUUUUAAAUUAUUCUAUUAUUAUAUUGA